GCUUUCACCCCCGGAUGGCGAGUUUGCGCCAACACUACACCUGGACUGACACGUCGAUGAGUGACUGUACCUGUAGAUGCAGUUUCCAUAGCAACGGGGCUCCUUUUCCCCUCGUCCCGAACCGGAUUAAAUUCCUGAUCCAGGUCGCCCAUCAUCAGGUCCGCGCCUCUCGCCUUAAAUCCCUCGUCGAACCGGGUCGACGUGUCUCCAGACAGCCCGUUCCCAACAUCCCCGAACCACUUCCCCUCCGAGUCGAGCUCGUCGCCGGGCCGAGCGGACAUGCUGUUUCCUGGUGCCGGACAGAUCUAGCUGCGUGUUAAAUGGCCGGUGGUGCCGGGAUGGAGCGCCAACGCCGUCUGUGUGCGUGUCUGGGGUGGGCGGAGGAGGCGGUUCUGUUCGGGCGCGGAGCAGAAGGAGACGAACUGGGUGGAUUGUUUUAGUUCAGUGAUCCGACAGUGACGUCAUCCCGUCCGCCAGCCGCUCUGCUGGUCGUGAGAAUGACCGGAAGAUGUCGAUGGUUGGAUUAUUAUGAUGUCAUCAGUGCUCACUUUAGACUCGCGUCAAAGAGCAACCGAUUUAUGCCAUCGAAAAAUGCCAAGCCUGUUGUUUUGAAACAGGAAGUGAGGUCAAAAUAUGAAAUAUCGAGGCUGUCAUUUUUUUGGUAUGAGUUGCAUUUGAUAAUGGCGCCCACUUGUGGUGAGUAUAGCUAACUGCAGCAUUAUUGCGUGCUGACUAUUACGUCAGAUAAUUUUAAAUAAAUAAUUGAGGGGUUGUUUGAGGUUAGAGGAACUAUAUAACAUGAGUCAUUGUUUAAUUUACAUUUUGCUUAAUAACGUUUGAACUAACUUCUGUUCUAGAGGAGUUGAUCAACAUGUGGCUCGUGGGCCGUUUGUAGCUCUUUGUCUAACCUUGAACCUGUGGAAUGUGUGUAGAAACAAGACUCACAGUAGGAUUGGAACGUGCUGAAGUCGCCCCAGUCCCCAGAGAGCAUGUCGUUCAGGCCGCUGUGAAUCGGCGAGGACAAGAACGCGGUGGAACCAAAGUGAAAGUCCUCAGGCAUCGCCGGGAGACACAUAUCGUCAUCCUGUGUCUCGAGCUUCGGGCCUUCCGGUUCGCUGUGUUCGUUGUGCUCCAUGGUUUUCUCUGACUCCUGAAACUGUGAACAAGUGGUGGAGCGACGCGGGUCUGUGACCAGUUAUUAGAGGCGGCGACUUUCAUGGAGGACCUUAGUUCUUUGAGGACUCUGAUGAGUCAUGAGGCGUUCAAAGAGACAAGAGGCUGUUGUUCAGAACCUUUGGAGCUCUUUAAUAGCUUGUGUUUUACUGGCUUUUUCUCAUCGCCACAUGGGCAAUAUAUUCCAUAUGAUGGUCUGAUCUUCAUCUUUCCCUAAUAUGAACAAGAAUAUCCUCUGAAAUGUAUAUUUAUUCCUUACAAUAAUUGAAGAUCAUAUAGAUUCGAUAAUUUCGUAAAUUCUAAUACCCCUCCCACUGUUAAUUUAGCUAUAACCUUUCAUGGUAUUAAAUAGAAGACCUCUAAUCAAUUUCAGCUCGAACAUCCGUCAUGGUUGGUUAACAGCGCCCUCUGGUGGCGGCCGCGGCCCUAGCGACCAGCCUGACAACCAAACAUUGCCGUGCGUGCGACUCACCGCGGAGGGAUAUUUUGGGAGCCAGGUGACACGCGCGAUGGGGAAAUAAAGCGGCGAGACUUGAGGAGCUUUCAUCGUCCUUCGUUUGUCUCCGUACGAUCGCGACUUUCAUGCGUUUUAACUUAAGCGUCCGGCCGCAGUCCGCAGCAGCUGGUCAGCCGCGAGGUGACGUCCAUGUCGCCCACCUUUCGCCUUGGAUUGAUGAAGUGCUUGGCGCAGCAUGCAGACGCUUUCUGAGGAGAAAGUCAACGCCAAGAGAAAGGACCGGAGCAAUGACGACAUUCUUAAAGAGCUGCUCCACGCCAAUGGAAUCUGCUAUGAGAAGCUCGGCCAGGAGGGCGGCAGCAUUAGCUCUCUGGAGAUCUUCUUCUCCGGCUUCCCCCGAAUCGUCGGCCUGUCCUUCUUCCCCAACCUGUGUCGGCUCACCAUCGUGGGCCAGGAAGUCAAAGUCAUCGAGGGUCUGAAGGUUUGCCCCCUGCUGGAGGAGCUCUGGGUGGUCCAGUGUCACUUGACUGAGAUCUCUGGCCUUCACGAUUCACUGCAGCUGAAGAAACUCUACCUCUAUGAAAACAUCAUCAGUGAAAUCAAGAACUUGGACAUGUUGACCAACCUGGAGGUUCUGUGGCUCAACAAUAACCAGAUCAGACACAUCGAGGGGUUGAAGACACUUGUGCGACUGAAAGAUCUGAAUCUGGCUGACAACAAAAUCUCCACCAUUGGUCACAGCCUCGUCCCCAACAUCAACCUUCAGAACCUCAAUCUGUCCGGCAACAAGAUCCGUUCCUUCAAGGAGCUGAUCAUGCUGACUCGUCUCCCUAACCUGACCGAGCUCUUGCUCAAGUACCCCACGUCGCCCCCCAACCCCGUCUGCCUGCUGUCCAACUACACCACCCACGUGCUCUACCACCUGCCGCAGCUGCUGCACCUGGACACCUACGACGUCUCUAGCAAGGAAGCCAAGGAGGCGGCCGAGUCAACAGUGAUGAAGAAGAUAAUGUACUACAACAUGCGGGUUCACGCUGCUGAGAGAAGUCUGGAGGAGAUGCGGCUCAGGCUGCUGGAGAAGAAGAAGACCAUGUCCAAGGUGCCUGAGGAACGAAUUAGGGUCCUCACUCACUGCCUGAAAAAUCUAGAGCGGGAGCUCUGCAGGAAAUCUGGCAACAAAGACGAAGGUCAGCGAGACAGGAACGACUCCAACAGCAGCGAGAGCCUCUCCAGGAAGAUCCUGCGGAAGAUGGACAACCUGAAGGAACGGCUGGUGCUAUGGACGCGGAGGAUGACCGAGAAUGAAGAGUGGUUCAGGCGGGAGAUGGUGCUUGCCACCAACAUGCUGAGGUACACGGUGAAGUUCCUGGUGAUGGAGCUGGAGAACGUCGGGAAUAUUCUCCUGGAGGAGGGAUGCUCCUCUGACCCGUGGUUCACCACCUGUGACGAACUGCUGCUCUCCCGCUUCACUCACCUGGACUACAGGCCUCUCGGCAUCGUCGGCAUCAAAACCAAGAGGGUGGUCCGAGUCCAGAACCGCGACCUGCGACUUCGCUUUGAGGAAAAGCUCCACACGGUGGUCACCGGUGGUGACGCCGCCCACCUGAUGCAGAACUACCGGCGGCGCCUGGAGUACCUGCUGCAUGUGCCGGAAGCCGAGCCCAACAAGGAGAUGGACACUGUUCUGCAAAUCAUCGAGGAAGGGUUCAAGAGUGCUCAGGACUAUCAGGCUUUAGGAAAAGAAGCUGCCGUUCCUUUGUCCAACAGUCUGUUUGUGACCGACAAACCCAGGAUGGACCACGCGCUGCGCCAGGCCUGGAAGAACCCUACUGACCCGGUGGCCUUCAAACACGGUCUGGUCAUCUUCUCCAAAGUGUUCCUGGGCCAGAGCCAGCCGGUGCGAGACAGCCAGCCGGUGAACAAGGCCAACUACCCUCUGGCCGAGUCGGUGUACCGGAACGUGGACUCCAAGCAGAAGAACGGUUUGAGUAAAGACGCGGCCAAAUGUCUCUUUGACACCCCGGUCACCCUCAUCAGACGACGGCACUGGUUCAUCUUCGACCACGAGCUGGUCCUCCCCGAGUACAUCGUCUACUUUGAGUACAUCACAGAGGCCCAGGAACAGUCCGACAGCCUCUCUGGCUUUGUGCGCCUGGACAAAGAAGUCCUCAACAUGGAUCCGGUUCUGAAAUCGCAGCCCAAGCUGUCGGGUCUCGACGAGAAAAUUCUCCUUCACAUCAGCGGAGCGAACCUCCUGAGUCAGAUCGUGGUUCUGAACCUCCACAGCUGUGGGCUCAGCUCCCUCAAGGAGAUCUCCAGCCUCACGGCUCUGCAGCGUCUCACCCUCAGCUUCAACGAGUUCACGCACCUCAAAGACCUAGCUCACAUGACCACCCUGGAGUUCUUGGACGCCAGCUACAACCACUUGGAAACUCUAGAAGGGAUGAAGGGACUGAUGAAACUGAAGGAGCUGGACGUUCGAUGGAACCAGCUGUCCAACGCCAAGAAGGAUGCCAGCGCUCUCCGACGCCACGCCCCGGCCCUGGCCAAGCUGGACACGCGAUAUAACUCCUGGAUAAAGAUACACCCGGCCCUCAAAAGUCCCAAAAGUGUUCGCAUGACCAUCCUGGGUCAUCUGGUGAAUCUCACCCAUCUGGACGACAUGCCGGUGACAGAGUCAGAGUCGACGACCGCUGCUCAGAUCGCUGCCGGCUUUGAGAUCAAUCAGCAGGCUGCGCUCCUGAGCCACUCCCGGGUGGACAAAGGUCGACCUCGGAGGCUCAGUCUGCUCUCCACGGCUCAGCUGCUGUGCACUCUGUGUCCGUCGCCGUGGGACGUGAAGAACCUGGAACCAGACUGGCCGGUGAAGAUCACUGCUCUGAAUCUGGACAACCAGAGAAUAUCCAAGAUCAUGAACCUGAACCGACUCAUCAACCUGCGCUGGGCGUCCUUCAAUGACAACCUCAUCUCUAAAGUGGAGGGGCUGGAAUUCUGCCGCAAGUUAGAGGAGCUCUUCCUCAACAACAACUGCAUCAGCAGCUUGGACGGCCUCCCGAAGCUCCCUCUGCUGAGCAAGCUCUGCGUGGACGGGAAUCAGCUGUCCAGCCUGGACACGUCGGCUCUGGAGCAGAUGCCCAGCAUCCUGCUGCUGUCGGUGGACAACAACUGCAUCACGUCGCUGCACGGCGUCCACAGGGCGCGCUCCCUGCUGGAGCUCUACGCCGGCAACAACCAGAUCUCCACAUCCCGCGACGUGCACUCGCUCAAGCAGGGACUACGGUGUCUCUCCAUCCUGGACCUGCAUGGAAACCCUCUGAUCCAGAAACUGGAGAAUUAUCGCAUGUAUGUGAUCUUCCAUCUCCCCAGCAUCAAGGCCCUGGACGGGUGUGCCGUGGACGAGACGGAGGUGAAGAGCUCUAAAGCCAUUUUCCAGGGACGACUCAACACCGACAUGGUGGUAGAGCAACUCGGACACAGCAACUACGGCAGCCUGUCUGAGCUCAGCCUGCAGUCCUGCUCCAUCAGACUCGUCGACUUGACUCCAGCCGAAGUCUUCGUCAACCUAGUCUCCAUCAACUUGGACCACAACAGCCUGACGUCCUUCUCCGGCCUCAUCUACCUGCCCAGCGUCAAGGUCCUGUCGCUGAACUACAACCACGUGGAGUCCAUCCUACCGGUGCAGAAGUCCAGCAGGCACCUCCUGUACAGCAAGGUCAACUCCAGCGGCUACGGCCAGAGGAGUAACUCCAGGGGAAACAGGAAAGCCGGCCCCAGCGACGCCCUGGAGCCGCUGAUGAGCAGCCUGGAGCUUCUGUCCCUCACGCACAAUGGCAUCGCCAAUAUGGCCAAUCUGCAGCUCAGCAGGCUCACCAAUCUCAAAUCGCUCUUCCUGCAAGAUAACCAGAUCCGGCAGGUAGAGGGCCUGGAGGGUCUCCACCAGCUGCAGGAGCUGGUGCUGGAGAGGAACUGGAUCAAGACGGUGGCCCGGAACGCCUUCAGCUCACUGGACUCUCUGGUGGAGCUGAGACUUGCAGAGAACCGGCUCCGAGAGUUGAACCACCUCCAACCGCUGACGGAGCUGCGGAAGCUCCAUCUGGACGCCAACAAGCUGCAGGACAGCACGGAGAUAGACAAGCUGGAAGUGCUUCCCUCGCUGACCGAGCUGUCGCUUAUUGGAAACCCUAUGUCCCGCUACUAUCUCCACCGGCCCGUCACCGUGCUGCGGCUCAAUAAGUUGGAGGUGCUGGAUGGAAAAACCAUCUCUCUGGAGGAACGAAGCCGAGCGGAACUUCUCCGAGUGGAGCUGCCGCAGGACGAGCAAGAAGAGCGCCAGCCCAGCCAGCCGGGGUCCAAGCGGCAGAUGUACAAAUGAUGCUAAAGCUUCAACUUGUGUUGCUGCCAAGGGAUCAGUCGCAGAGACAUCAACUCAUAAUCCAGGAAGGACGGUGCACCACAGGGUUUUGUGUACUGUUCUGUCGGCACUGGAGGGGUCAUCCGUCUGCCCUCCAUCUUUGUGUUAGCUUUUAUCACUGAAAUAAAGUGGCUUGUUUCCGAAAAAUUAGGCUUCUUCCAGCUCACACCGUGCGUG